GAACACUGUUCAAGAGGGAAGAAUCCGUCAGUAAAUUUGAUACGGUAUUAUUACAAACAAACACACAGACAAAGAACACUGCAGGAGGGAAGAAUAUGCCAAUUAAUUAAAUAGGGAAAACUUAUGCAACUGGAAUUAGUAUAUCAAACACAUUAAGUCCUACUAGGCUCUCACAAUUAUUUAAGGUUGUGGUAGCGCUAGAAGAUUAAGUGGACAGUAGGUGCUUCUUCCCAGUUCCCCUCGUGAGCGUCCACUAUACAUCUUAAAAAACCUCUACAUCGUUGCAGUUCUUGCUACUUAGUUUGUGAAACAUUAGAGGUCGUUUCCAACAUGUGGAUCGCCAAUACAAUUCCACCAAUCUCCUUCUCCUUCUCAUCAUCUCACAUCAAAAGUACAUUUCGUCAUGAUCGCAUUCCCUCGUUUAGGCAAUUCAUUGCGCCAACGACCGGAAUUCGAGUUUCUGAAGCAAAACAAUCACAUCUCGACCGAAUCAAAGGGAACAUUUACAAUGCCCAACGUGAAGAUUGCGGAAGGGUUGCGGAAACUCCAGUGGAUAAUGCUGCUAUAAUAGGAGAAAGAGUGAAGACAAGAAAAUUAGAUAGAAAGAGACGUUCGAUUGCACAUAUAAGAUGGAUGUUGAGCACGUUUGAGGACGGGAGAAUUACAAUCUCCCCAUACGACACUGCUUGGGUUGCUCUCAUUGAAAAUGUGGAUGGCAGUGGAUCCCCACAAUUUCCAUCAUCGAUUGAGUGGAUUGCUAAAAAUCAAAUGUUUGACGGUUCAUGGGGUGAUCCACAUUAUUCGGUUUAUGAUCGAUUGCUGAAUACUCUUGCCUGUGUGGUGGCUUUGAGAUCAUGGAGUAUGCAUUUUGACAAGAUUGAACUAGGAAUACGGUUUCUCAACGAGGUGUCAAUGGAACUUGAAACCGCACAUCUUGACAGCUUGACUUCUGGGUUUGAGAUCAUAUUUCCUCCACUCCUACAAAGAGCACGAAAUUUGGGCAUUGAAAUACCAGAUCUCGACGGUCCAUUUCUGAAAGCGCUCAUAGCUCUUAGAGAUCAAAAGUUUGCAAGGAUUUCCAAGGACAUCCUGCAUGAGGUGCCAACAGCAUUACUUUUCAGUUUGGAAGGAAUCGACGGCCCAUUGCAAUGGGACAAGCUAUUGAAACUAACAACAGAAGACGUGUGUUUCUUAACAUCUCCCUCCGCCACGGCAUUUGCAUUUAUGCAAACUGGCGAUGAUAAAUGCCUAAAGUACCUUCAAAACAUCGUCACCAAAUUCGAUGGUGGAGUACCCACAAUUUAUCCGUUCGAUCUCUAUGCAAGACUUUGGGCAGUUGACCGUCUCCAACGCCUUGGAAUUUCUCAUGUUUUCGAAGAACAAAUAGACGAGUGCUUGAAUUACGUCCACAGAUAUUGGACGCCAAAUGGAGUAUUCAGUGCACGAAAUUCUACAAUUUCUGAUUUGGAUGACACUGCGAUGGGUUUUAGGCUUCUAAGGUUACAUGGCUUCAACGUUAGUCCUGAUGUUUUUAAGCAUUUCAAGUCAAACGACAAUAAGUUUUAUUGCUUUGGUGCUGAACUAAAUGCUUCUCCAACGACAUUAUUGAAUCUCUAUAAGGCUUCUCAAGUGAGGUUUCCUGGAGAACGUAUCCUUGAAGAAGCCCAAAACUUUUCCUACCACUUUCUGAAGGAAAAGUUAUUACAAAAUGAAAUUGUGGAUAAGUGGGUUAUAUCCAAGGAUAUUGCAGGAGAGUUGAAGUUCGGAGUUGAAAUUCCAUGGUAUGCAUGUUUGCCAAGGGUUGAGGCAAGGUUCUACAUUGAACAAUAUAGCGGCGAAGAUGACGUCUGGAUUGCUAAAACAUUAUACAGGGCACCCGAAAUUAGCAACAAUCACUAUCUGGAGGUUGCAAAACUGGAGUUUAAUGAAUGUCAGAUUCAACAUCAAGUUGACUGGACCAAUAUGCUCAAGUGGUGGAAUGAGUUCAAGCUUGAAGAGUAUGGAUUAAGCAGAGAGAAUCUUCUUGUCACUUUCUUUUUAGCAUCUGCAAGUAUAUUUGAACCAGAAAGGUCAAUCGAGCGAUAUGCAUGGGCUAAAUCUUGGGCAAUUAUUCAACUACUUAAAGUUUACUUCAACAACGUCGCCGUAUCUGGGGACAAAAGAGGCACAUUUCUGUCGGCAUUCAAAGGCGAUGCCAACCUUGACGGAUUAGAUGAGAUGGGAAAGGGGCUUCAGUGGAUAAUACUAGAAUUCAUUUAUCAACUAUCCAUUGAUGCAUUUCAGACGUUGAAAAGGGAUAUACGUCGACAGUUGACCAAUUUGUGGGAAAAGUGGCUGGCAGAGACCAUAGAUACAUUGCAAAGCGGACAUUUACCAAAUGAAGGUGCUUUUUUAGCAAAUAUAAUAAACAUUUGCGCAGGAAAUUAUGCGAGGAUGUCAAAUGAUCAGUUGUCAUCCCAAGAGGAGGCUUUCGAGCUUUUCUCUCAACUCACAAACAAUGUUUGUCUUCAACUAAGCCAACACAACGAAAACGAGGGAACUAAAAAUGGAAAGCCAAAGAGCAAGAUGGGCCCCAGGAUCAAUUCCGAGGAGAUUGAUAAAAGCAUGCAACUCCUAUUGCAAUUAGUUGUUCGACCUGAGUCGUCGGAUCACGUCGUUAAUCACAAUGUCAAGCAAACGUUUCUGACGGUUGCCAAAGCUUUCUACUACAGUGCCUUUUGUGACAAGGAAACCAUUAACAUUCACAUUGCUAAAGUACUCUUCGAACCACUAUUGUAAUUCUAGUUUUUCAUUUUUCUUACAAAAAUUAUUACCCACAGAGUAAUAGUCACUUUUAGAUUGUAGUGUAUUUCCUUUAGCAACUAUCAAAAGGUUUGUUAAUUAAUGUUUUCUUCAUAUCUAAAGCGCAGCAGACACGUCACACGUUUAAUCUAGUUCGUAAUUUGUAUACCUUCUUAUCAGUGUCGUCGAAAUAAGGAU